GCCCGCUGCUCAGUGCCAGUUAGAUUGAUAUUGAAUAUGAACAAGGAUCUCAUGCACCAGGCGGUGGGUUAUCACGGGCCCACCUUGUUAUCCCUUUUGAAAAGUGAGCAAUAUGAGAACCCAGACAUUCAAAGCGUUUCGGCCGAGUUCUUGAAAACAGCGCUGCAUCACAGAAAGGAUAGAAGAAUUGAUAAUACUGGUAUACAGCAACUCAUCGCGAGAAAAGCAGACCUUCUGUUUGCUCCAUCGUGGAAAUCAACUCCCAGCACUGAACUGAAUGACGAAGAGACAGAAGAUUAUUAUGCAAUUAUGCCUCCUUUGGAACAGUUAAUGGAGGUUCCAAAUGAGGACAAAAGACAGUACUUCUUCCGUGAUAUUGAGCGUGGGGAUAUUGUGAUUGGACGAGUUGCAUCUAUUCGUGAAUUUGGGUUCUUUGUAACAUUAAUUUGUCUUGGAGGGGACCUUGUGCGGGACAUUGAAUCCUUGGAAAUAACUGCACUUUGUCCUGUGAGAGAUGUACCAUCACUUGGAAAACACGAAGACCCUUUGUCUUACUUUCAAGUAGGAGAUCUUGUAAGAGUUGUUGUAAAAGAUGUUGAUCGAUACCAUGAAAGACUUGCAGUAACUUUGCGCCCUUCAGUUCUUCCGUCUCGCCUUACUCAUUGGAAAUUGGGUGUUAUUAGUAAUGAAGAUCUUCCUACAUACUACAGGCAGAAUUCAACGCUGGAUAGUCAUGUUAUGGAAACAUAUGACAACGUUUUGCACCAAACGCUUGGAUUUGCUAAUCCAUCAACAGUUGAAUAUUUAUUGGGCAAACUUGGAAUUAGUGAAAUUGAAUCAUCGUCUCUGAUGAGAGGAUUACAGAGCAAAAAUUUUAACAGAGAUGAUUAUGCUCCAGCCUUAAGGAAGAAACAAUCGGCAUCUUGGGCAUUCAAGUGUGUCAAAGCUGGGGUGGACCAUUUUAAAGCAGGACGUCAUGUAGAUGCCAUGAAUGAGUACAACAAAGCUCUGGAAAUAGACAGCAAUAAUGUUGAAGCACUUGUGGCUCGUGGUGCCCUUUAUGCAACAAAAGGAAGUCUAACCAAAGCAAUUUCUGACUUUGACUUGGCUCUGGAAACUUGUCCAACGCAUAGGAAUGCAAAGAAAUAUUUCUGUCAAACUUUAGUGGAAAGAGGAGGCCAGUUAGAAGAAGAAGAAAAGUUGGUGAAUGCUGAGAACUGCUAUAAAAAAGCCCUGAAUCUAGAUGAAACCUUCAGUGAGGCUGAGGAAGCUUUACAGAAGUUAAGAAAACACAUGCAGAAAUCACUUGAAAAAAAAUCUAAAGAAAGUAGAGAAGAGGAGAAAAGAAUCGAGGUGUCAAGUGCAGAGAAAUUGCGUAAGCUGUUAAAAGAAGAAAAAAGAAUGAAGAGAAAGAGAAAAAGGUCAACAUCAUCAUCUUCGUCUGAUUCGCCUGGAUCGUCAAUGUCUAGUUCUUCAUCCUCAUCUGAAUCUUCCAGGAAACACAAAUCAACUAAGAAGCGACAGAGAAAACGUUCAGGUUCCUCACGUAGUCAGAAGAGGCGUUUAAGUAAAGGUUCAUGUGAUGAGAAGAUUGAUCAUAUGCAUUCUGAUGAAAAGGAAUGGUACACUCCUCCAGCUGAUACUUCGGCUUCCUUUCUGAAUCAGAAACAGGAAGUAGCAAAGUUGCUGGAGAAAAAUGAAAGUUUAGUGGACCAAUGGUCAGAGAUCAUGGAGAAAAGAAGGUACCGUUCAAUUUCUUCGUCAUCAGUUGAAAUCAUAGAUCCUCUUGAAGGUAGGUCUGAAGAUAACAGAAGCUCUUUGUAUAGUUCAAGAACACUUGAUAGUUAUCGUCAGCAUGACAAAAAGCACAAAGCAGAUAAAGACAAAAAAUCAAAUGAUGAAGGCAAGGUUUGGAAAUGGCAUCAAGAUUGUGAAUUCGGUCAUGAAAACAUCAGUAAAACAUGUGAAAAAAGUAAUAGGAGCUACUCCGAGUCUUCAUGGUCAGAAUAUUCACAUUUGUCAGAUGACAAAUACCAACGUGAGAAGAAAGUUUCUGGGUUAAUUAAUUCUAACAGCAAAGAUGACAGGUGUGAUUUUGGAAAGACUGGAGAUGAUAGAGAGGAGCAUGUACAUGAAAGGAGAUCCAAGGAUUGGAAAGAAGAAAAUGUACGUAGACAUUGCAGGGAUGGUAAAAGGGAGAAUUCUAAUGAAAACCCUCAAAAUCAUAACUCUGUAGCAGGAAAGGCUGUGAAAGGUGUGCCCCAAAACCUGCUGCAAAUAUUCAGUCAGAUUGCAGAGUUUGAGAAAGGGAAAGAAUCUGGAGCGGAAUGCAAGCAGAAAAAUAAAUAGGUGGGCACUGUGACAUUUCCAAUUUCCAAAAAUGCAUAUCCUUGUGAAAAGAGAUUGAACACGUUAAUGAUAAAAACGCCAAGUUGGAAUGGUGAAUUCAUUUUGUUAUUAUGCUCUUACAUUAAAUAUGCAUUACCCGAUUUAUUUGGAUUACAUAGGUGAGUUAACUUAUUUACUGAAAGUUUGCUUAGGCCGUUGUUUCCAUAGUUGUUUAAUUAUUUCUUUGUUUACUUUGACAACCAAUGCCGUGAUCACUAAGAAGAGGUUAGUAUUUGUCCACAUAUUUUCCUUUAAAUUGGUUUCAAAUAUGCAUUGUUAGUGUUGGAUUGAAUGUUAGGGUAUUAUGUAGAACAGGAACUGAGAAUGUGGAAGCACUGAGAGGAUCAAACUGUUUUUGUGGGGAGACAAGGGCAGAAGAAAUGUUAGGUCAGUGGUCCUUCUUCAUAACUGAACAAAUGGUAAACAAGCAUGUUAAAUUACAAAGAGGAGGAGGGCAAUGUGCAUCUCUGUGAUAGACCAAAUUUGUCAGGGUUACAAUGACUAAAAUGUUGGAGAUAGAAGAGAAAAAGGAAAGAAGCAAAUUAAAAAAAAAAGAUAAAAAAUGGUGGCUUUUUGAAAUUGUUAUGUUGUGUCUGAUAGUGACAGAUUUCAGUUUUACAAAGGGUAAGAUGAAGGCAGGCAUACUUUUAGGCGUCACCACCUUCAACCUCAGUAAAGUGUGCUUCUCCCCCCCACCCACUUUGGAUACUUUGUUAUUAUUAUCGCAUUGGGGAGGAAGAUAGGUAGCACAUUAGGGAAGUACAUUUGUCAGUUAUAAGGUGCAUUAGGUGGUACAUUUAUCAGCGGUAUAGUAAAUCGGCAAAUUUUGUGGUGGGGGUUUUGUUCAGGGACAUAUGACUUAACCCCAAUGCAAAAAAAACUAUUACCAUUAAGAAAAAUAAUUACCAUUAAGAAAUUUGAUUUACUGCAAUCAGCCACAAUGGAUUUUAGUGACAUAAGUCCACUAUAUAAAGCACAAGAAAGAUUUACUUAAGCCCUUGCUGAGUGAAAUGGGAGGAAUGAAGAGGGAAAGGGAAAAGAGUUAAAUGGAAAUUUUCUUUCUACGCAGGUCAGUGUCUUAAAAACAUUUAUAUUCGAUUAAUGUGCCUCUAAUUUUGGUUCUUAUAUUACACCUGUAACAGGCCCUGCAUACUGUACUGCUGCAUUCAGUUAAGCAAGUAAUUUGAAAUUGUCCUUUUCUCGGAGCAUGCGUAUUUCAAAAUUGAUCCUUAAUUAAUAACAAGUGCAUUAUCAUUAAUUAAUAGUGUCACACUUGGCUAAGGAUGGAUGAACAUUGUAUUAAAAUAUUCCUGCAUAAUGCAGACUAUAUUGUGCCAUGCUAAAAGUUUACUUUCAUACAUGGACUGUUAAAUAAAAUAUGCACUGUGUGCUAAUGAUGACGGUCAUAUAAAA